ACCUGUUGUUGCUAAUGUUAUUGGGGGGCAUGCACAAUGAACCUAUCCAAAAAGAAGGUGACAUUCAGUAAGGCUCCUGUGGUUUUAGGUUCUGCUGGCAAACAUGUCCAUUCUGGGAUCCUACAACAUUACCAUCAGAUCUUUGUCAAACACCUAUCUCUUACAUCUCAUCUGUAUAGAAAGCUGAAGGAACAUGGAAUUCUAACUACUGAACAAAUUGGUUUGCUCGAGCUAGAAGAGUCUCCGGAUAAGAGGAUAUCCAAACUGCUAGAGAUUUUAAAAAGUGCCAGCAAUCAUACAUUCACAAUGUUUUGUGCUAUUCUUCAUGAAACAGGUCAACAUCAUCUAGCACAAACAUUGCAAAAGGCAACACAUGACAAUGGAUCAGUGUUACCCAACAUAUCUUUGGUACUGCAACCAAAACAAGUCCUAAAUGAAACCUUGUCAUGGCAUCAUGGAUAUGACCGAGCAAUAAAGGUGGAAAAUAUACAAAAGAGGAGAAAAAUGCAAGGCAUGAGGAGCAAAUAUUUGGCUAACUUGCAAGAACUUGAAGAAAGAAUAUCAUUAGCAAAAUGGGAAAGGGACAUUGCUAUAAGAGAGAGGAACAUUAUCUGGAAUGAGAACCAAGCCCUGCAAAACCUGAACACUGAGCUACAGUCACUGAUCGUGAAACUUAGGGAAACAACUCUCCAUUCAAAGACAAAGAACCUGAGAAUUACUGCUGACUAUAUAGACAGAAGAGCUAACAAGCUUCAACCAUUGACACAUUUAAACUUAACUUGA